AAGAAGAGAAGGGAGAGGAGGAGGAGGAAGAAGAAGAAGAGGAGGAGGAGGAGGAGGAGGAGGAGAAGAGGGGCUCUGUGAAGACCAAACAGCAUUUUACAGCUCUUCCUGACUACCCAAAGCACAUCAAACUGGACAAGCACAGUUUUGAAGAAGAGGAGGAGGAAGAGGAAGAGGAAGGAGGAGGAGGAGGGUUAGGUGUGGCCCUCCCUCCCCCUCCCACACCACUGCAGUCCCAGCCUCUGAUUGGCCAGCUCUCAGCCAAUCAAGAGAGAGACUUUAUGGCCUUGCAGGUUGAAUUGAGUGAAGCAAGAGUGGAAGUAGAGAGGCUGAGAGACAGACUGGGACAACUUGGUGAUUUGAAGGGACAAGUGAAUGCACUGAGAGAGAAGGUGAAGGUGGAGGGCAGUUCCUACCUGUCGUAUGUGUCUCAGGUGUCGUCAUCAAUCUUGGACUUGAUCUUCCAGAUACAAGACGAGAACACAAGCAAGAGGAAGGAGGAGGAGGAAGAGGAGAGGAAGAGAUCGGAUAGCCUUCACCAGCAGCUGACAGAGACCCAACACAAGCUGGCAGACACUCAACACAAGCUGGCAGACACUCAACACAAGCUGGCAGACACUCAACACAAGCUGGCAGACACACACAGACUGGCUGAUGUUUAUAAAGGCCAGUUGGAAGAUGCUCACAGGGAGAUUGAAGUAUAUAUGGACCAAUUGCAUAGACAAGAACAAAGCCUACAGCAAGCAGCAACAGAAGCAGAGGAAGCAAGACAGAAGAUGGAGGAGGAGAGGAAGAAGGAGGUGGAGGAGGUGGAGGAAAGGUGGAGAGAGAAGAUGAAGCAAGCUACUCUAGAACAUGAACUGGAGAUGGAAGAGUUAAGACAGCAGUUAGGAACAGUGAAGGAGACGCUGGUGGCCGGCCUGGAGGGAAGAGUGGAGGAGAAAGUAAGGGAGCAACUUCAGCAAGAAAAAGAAAGAAUUGUAAAGAUUUUGGAAACAAGUUUUGUAGAGAGGGAAAGAAAUGCACUGGAAAUAUUGAAGGCAGAGCUACUGGAAAGGUUGAGGCAGGAGAAGGAGGAAGCAGUGGAAGAAGAAGGGAACAAGAUCAGAGCUGAGUGGAAGAAAGAUUUGCAUAGGAAAGAAGAAGAAAAGAAGAGAGAAAGACAAGAAUUUCUGGAGAAUGAGAGGAGGCACUGGGAGAAGGAGAAGGAAGAGGAAGUGCAGAGGAAACUUGCUCUUGUGGUGGAGGAAGGCCGAAGGGAACUGGAGGAGGAGAGAAAGAGGCACAGGCUGGAAGUUGAAAGCAUAAGGUCUAGAUUUAGAAUGAUGACAACGACGACAGCCACCACCAGCACCUCCCCCACUAGCAUGCCUUUCUCUUCAAGUCCCAGCGAGGAGCACCCGCCCUCCUCCCCACCCUCGUCUCUCAACAGAUGGGAGGGCCUGGACAGACUGAGAGAGGAACUGAUGAAAGAGAGAGAGAUAGAGAUUGAAGAGAGAAUUGCAAGUAUAAGAGAGGAAGAAAGGAGGAAACUAGAUGACGAAAAACAGAUGGAGUUUGCAGAAGCGGUGAAAGCUUUGGCACAGCACAAGGAAAGGGUUAUUGAAGAUUUAAAGAUUAGGAUUCAGCUUCUAACAGAUGAAUGUGACAGAAGAAGAGGAGGAGGAGGAGGAGGAGGAGGAGGAGGAGGAAGAGAGGAGGAGGAAGGGAGAAAUGUUGGAGGACAGAUAUUGCAAGAAAAUGUUGAAUUGAAGAAUGAGAUCACCUCACUGCAGAAACAAGUCAGAAAUUUGGAAAUUGAACUGGCAAGAGCAAAACGGUUUUCAUUUGUGACGCAGCAGAGCACCACCGCCACCACCACCACCACCGCCACCGCUGCUGCUGCUGCUGCCAUCGACAUGACAGCCUCCACAGCCUCAAUGACUGUUAAUGAAGACACAAGAGAGAAUUUGCCACACCAGGCCAGCCCACUCCUGUCUCAUGGUACCAUCACCUUUAAUUCCUGCCAGACUGGGGACACACUGUUGGUGGUUUGGGAUGCAAUACAUGGCCACUACAGUGUUCAUUUUGAAACCGUUCAUGCUGAGGAGGGUGAAAACUGAGGUGGAAAAUGAAUAAACUUACAAAAUUGAGACACGCAUAGAAAGACGGCGCCAUUUGCAUCAGCUGAUGAGGCCCAGACCGAGACCCAAACAUUCUCUCCAGUGCGGUUCCUGCAGCCUGUGUGAUGUGAUUAUUCAUAUUUUUGCCUACCUACACACCUGGCCGGCACUCCCACAGCGUGUAUAGAGACUCAGAACCAAAUGUGGAUGAAGUGGAGAGAAUCCGUUCAAAUUUACAGCAGAUGGAUAGAUUCCUUGGCCCUUAUCCACAUGAGUCCUGGAAGAAGUGGAUCUCUCUCACUCAGCACAUGGAGGAGGACAGAACUGAAGUGGAUGAUCCCUCUGUCAGAUCCCUGAAGACCUAUUCAUCAACAUUGUAGUCCAACAACUUCCUUGCCUCUGCACUCAACGCUCUCUUCACCAACAUCAAGGACAACUCCGCCAACCUGCCUUGGUCCUUAAGGCUCAGCACUUCAAGGACCAACCUCUCUGCCAAGUUUGAGUGGGAUCUGACACUUGGGGAUGAGAGAGUACACGCUGGUGGUGGUUGACUUGGUUGUGCGCGUCUCCAGCACCCUGCAGUACGUACACACA